AUGACCGACCUCGCAGCGGUGGCGCCCGCUGUGGCGGAGGACAAGUACACGUUUCUAGUCCCCUACGCGAAGAACAGCGCGUCUGACCUAGUGGAGAGCGUCGGGACGCAAACGCAAGGAAAUACGGAUGCGGCCAUCACCCACAUCACCAGCGCAGAGGACUCGCGCAGCCUGAGCACGCCGGAGAGCGACUCUUUCGAGAUCACCACCGCGGCCGCCACCCCCAUUUCUCCAUCGGCGACCGUGCCGCGCUGGUCGUCUGUUCAGAAAACGCUGGAGACCUGCAUGGACCCAGUGUUUGUCACGGGCUCGGCCGACACGAAGGACCACAUGAUCGCCGAGGAGGUUCUACCCCUGAUGGACGCGUCGAUGACAGUGCGCGUGUCUGCCCUCGCUAGCCUCUCUUGCCUUCAGCCCUUCUUCACCGGACGCACUUGCAGCGAGCGCAUCCGCACGAUGCUGAGCGCGGUUCGCGCCUCCAAUAAGCUGAUGCUGCGCGACGGCCUCCUUGCUCCGACCUCCAGCGUCUGCAUGCUCUCAGUGGACGAGGCCGAGGCGGCCGGGCUGCGCGUUGGCCUUUGCAGUCACGCUGAGGACCACGCUCGAAACGUGCGGACGCUGAAGUGCCGGCAGCACACGCCUGAGUGCGAGGACUCUCCUCGCUCGCUGACCCUUUCCCGACUGCGGGCAACUUCACCGCCGCAGAAGACGCGGCACGCAGAACUGCCCAGCAGUGCCCCGUGCGCGCCAUGUUUCGCUCUCGCCUCACCACUCCCUGCCGACAGCGCGCACGCGGCACCGGAGGAGAACCCGCCUCACGAAGAUGUGAGUGUGUCCUGCCCACAUGACGCCAACGCUCCCGGCAGGGCCUUGUCGAUCGCUCCUGCAUUCCCUGUCGCGGUGACCGAGGAGCCGGCCGGCAUCGGCGUUUCCGCGCCACGCAGAACGCUACAGUGCCCGCGCGUCGUGGGCGAAGAGCUGCUCGGUUCAGAUAACCGUGACUGUGCCGCCGACAACCAAGAGAAGAUCCACAUUUCUACGCUGCGUGCCUGCGUGCCGGUGCCGAAGCCACCACCCACCAUCGACAUCCUCCUCACGGACGCCGCUGCCAAGUUCCAUGGGGUGACAGCGAGCAGCAGCGCGAAAGAGGCAGCCUCUGUGCCCACGAUGAGCUCGGCCUUGCCGGCGCCCGCCACGCUCUCCUCCGCCACAGCCACUGCAAACACCACGAACAGGUUGCACUUCAGCGUGACAGCCGCGCCGUUCAUGCCAAAGAGCGUACUGAGCUCGACCAGCGGUGUCGCUCCCGUUCCCGCCCCGCAUCGGCCGGCAAACUAUGCCUGCCCCCGCCACCAGCCGACUGUAUGCAAGCAUGCCGACGCUUGCCCCGCGGACAUCAGCGAGACCCUAGCAAAGGAGAUACUGACGGACUCGAACACCGGCUGUACGCACGCCACACCGGACCUGUGCGUGGGCUCCUCGUGGGGGAAACGGCACGGUGCGGCAGGGGCGUGGAGGAGGGGCUUGAUGGCAGCCCCGCCCAUGCCCGUGGACGAGUCUCCCUCGACCUUCUUCCGCAAGGAGGGGUGCUGCAUGCCUGCGGAGCGUCCACCGAGGGCGCUCGGGGCUGAGAUGCCGCAGGCCCCGCGUGCUAUUGACGUUUCGCCGAGGACAGCUGACGCUUUGCCGCUCGCUGAGCUUUACCCGCCGCGUCCGCUGAUGGUGGCCAUGCCUCCUGAAAGCGUUCCCGGCAGCGGUCUCGAGGGCUGCUGGCCGAUAUGCCCAUUGCCAGCGGGGGCGCAGCUGUCGCCAUGCCCUCUGCCACAGUCGCGCCGCCAUCGCCAUGACCCAUACAGCCCGGCAGGCUUUGUGCUGUGCGCAGAGAAUAGCUGCGCCCUCUCCUUGUCGCAGACGAGCAUCCCCGCUGCCCGUGCCUUGACAUCGUCCGCGUCGCCGAGGCCCGCCUCCUCUGCCUGUAACUCGAGCGUCGCCGGAGAGAUGAUCAGCUUCAGCUUCGCGGACCCGCUGAUCAAAGCCACUGCGCGGCUGCAGGAGCGCCGCCACCUUCUGCGAGCUGAUACCACCCGUGCCCCGUCAUCAGAGCUGGAGAGCGCGUCGUGCUCCGUGGCGCACUCGAGUCCUGCGUGCGAGAGCGGCGAUGAUGUCGAGGCGGCUACACGUCGACCGUUGCCAUCGUGCGAGGCACUUCUUGCUGCCGCACUUGCUGAACCAACAGCAGCUGCAACCGUCGCAUUUGUGAGCACCAUAGAUGGGGAUGCAGUCUCGCCUGCCGAUGCCGCUGCCGCCGCCGGAGUCCCCAAGUCGUACGCCGAGGCUCUGCGUCUGAGCGCGAAGGCGCUUCCACCGGUUCUCGUCGUCGCUGCAAAGCCGGCAGGGAAGAGAGAGAAGUCGCCCAAGGCGAAGAGCAGCGCUCCUCACCGCUCUGCUGCGGCCUCCAGUAGCCACGCGAAGAACUCCUCUCGUGCCACCGCCAAGGCGGCCACCAAGGCGAAGCGACCCUCUCUCUCUCAGCCUAAGAACGGCAUGUGUCCAAUGCCGGCGGACGCUGAAAGGGCACCACACAAAGCCACGUAG